UUGGAGCCUGCUGUUUCUCACCUCACUCGGUUCUGGUGGUUUGAGCAGCACUGUGUUGUGUCAGAAAGUUGCACUGAGCAUCUGAAGCAAUGGCGGUUGUUAGUGGAACAUUCCGGAUGGUGUCCGAGGAGGAGCAGGCCCUCAGGGCUAAGCUGGAGCACCUCACGGUCAAAGAUCACGGGCCGGUGUUCGGACCCUGCGCAGAAGUACCUGACCACACGGUGCAGAAGGCUAAAGAUGAGCUAAAUGAGACGGAUGAGAAGCGAGUGUCAGCCGUAUCUGAACUCAGAGGUAUUAUUAAAGAGAAGGCGGGUUCUGGAGACGACCUUGCUAAAGGUGUUCAGGACACUUUUGGAGACAAACCUGAUGGUGUGCUGGUGAGGUUCAUCCGUGCCAGGAAAUAUGAAGUACACAGGGCCUAUGAACUGAUGAAGGGUUACGUGCGCUUCAGGCGGGAUUACCCUGAACUCUUUGAAAACUUGACCCCAGAGGCUGUGCGCAGCACCAUUGAGGCCGGUUACCCAGGGAUCCUGUCGAGCAGAGAUAAAUACGGCCGUGUGGUGCUGCUUUUCAACAUUGAGAACUGGGAUUAUGAGGAGAUCACUUUCGAUGAGAUCCUCAGAGCCUAUUGUGUGAUCCUGGAGAAGCUUCUGGAAAAUGAAGAGACUCAGAUCAACGGGUUUUGCAUUAUUGAAAACUUUAAGGGUUUCACCAUGCAGCAGGCCUCUGGCAUCAAGCCCACAGAGCUGAAGAAAAUGGUGGACAUGUUACAGGAUUCAUUCCCUGCACGUUUCAAAGCAGUGCACUUUAUCCACCAGCCCUGGUACUUCACCACCACCUACAAUGUGGUCAAACCCCUGAUGAAGAGCAAACUGUUGGAAAGGGUGUUCGUCCACGGUGAUGAGCUGGAAAACUACUUCAAAGAGUUUGAUGCUGAAAUCCUGCCUUCAGAAUUCGAUGGGAAAGGCGGCAAAUAUGACGGCAAGGCCACAGCAGCACAACUCUUCGACUAAGCACUUUUUAUCUGUCGCUGAACAAAAAAGCGACGUGGGUUAUUUUAGCUGUAUUGUAUUAUAGAGUGAUCGAACGUGUUUUUGUUUUUCUGAGAGUGAACCCGAUUCCAGCCUCACUGGAAAAGUCUCCUGACGUCAUUACAGAGGAAUGAAAGUGAUACGGUCAGUUAGUUCUCUGUGACACUGCACUCUAUUGAAGAUUGCUCACUAAUCUCAAGCAGGGCCCCAUCUUCAGAUUUACCCCAAAAUACAGAUAUUCUUUUGAAACAGAUGGAAGAUGACAGAGUCCAGACAUUUCUGUUGUUUCUAUUGUUAACUGAGAUUAGAAAAAUACUCAACCCAGUCAGUUUAAAACAUAAUUAUAAGAAUAUGUGAAGUUUUGAAUGGAUAACUUUCUAUGGAAAGUUAAAGUGAAUAUAAUAACUGUUUUACUAAAUAAACUGCUCAUUUAAAAUGACAACUUUAUUACAUUAUCAUGUAUUUCCUGUAAAAGAAAACUUUUGGGAUGUCAAAAAUUGAACUUCAGUGCUACAUCUACCUAUUUCUAGAAAUUUAGCUGUAAACAUUAUAGAAAUUUCCACAGAUUGAAAAUGACUUGAAAAUGCUAAACCACUUCUAGAGUGCAAUAAAACACUGUCAUUGUUCGUACUUUGGUUUAAUAAUUUAUAAUUUAUAGUGUCUAAUAAACAGAGAAUGACAGUAGAAACGACAAAGAGAUGCUAAUAAAUGGGAAACAUUGUCAAAUUAU